AGUCUGCUCAGCGGAUGUCGCGUUCGUUUUAUUGUUAUUGUUAUUGUUGUUAUAAUUUACUCGCUUUAUUCGGCAGUUCGCUAAUUCGUUCACCGUAGUCCGUUUUUGAAUUUGUCUUGGCCCGCGCGCUCGUCCCCAUCACCCGUUCACCCGACCGUGGCCGCCGACGGCAUUUUUUACUAGCUUUCAUCUCGGGCUCGUCAAAUCAUCUUCGCGUGAGUCUGAGUACUCAUUACCUGGCUUCUCACAUACUUAUUCGUCGUCUCGUGCACCGCUCCCGAAGGUUCGCUCUCAAUCACAUUGCGAUGCGGGUCCGGGAGUAAUCCCGAUAUCUGCAGCCAGUCAACGACUGUUAGACUUGUUUGGGUGGAGAGCUAUUAACCUUACUGCUGACAGCUGCAGACUGUACGCAUCUGUUGAUAAUAUGUUGGUUUGGCUAUGCAAAGUCUAAAUGGGAAAUCAUGAACACGCCAGAGAAAAUAAAGCCGCUUCCACUACCAAAACCAAAUUUAUUUCCUACAAAUUCAAGUGACUGCAGUUGCCAUGAACCACAAAAGAUAUGCCCAAAACAUAUAAUGGUUACCGAAAAUGAUAAAGAUAAUGUGUCAGUUUUCAAGUGUAAUUUGGAUACUACAGCUACAAGGUAUACAGUCAAACCUCCACUGCUUCCAAAACCUAAUAACAUUGCAUUGAAAACUAGUCCUUAUAAAGUCAAACAUCAAUUUCCUAGUGUCAAGACUAAUAAAAAACUUGAAUCGACUGUAAAUUUAACUGUUAAUCAAACUGCAAGUUGUGAGCCUAAUGAAAAUAAUGAUAAUAAAAAUGAUGAAGAAAUAAAAAAUGAUAGCGAUGUCAAUUCAAAUGUUUCCCAGUUAGAAGUUCCUCAUAAUGUAAAUAGUAUUUUAGAAAAUAACAUAAUAGAUAGUGAAAAUAAUAACAGUAUUAACAAAUGUACUGACGGUGAAUUAGACUUAGAUUAUCAAAAUGACAGUUUGCUCAAUGAAUACGUAGUAUUUCAUGGCGAAUUAGAUAUGUCAAUUAAUAAUUUAGAUGAUAUUAUGAAUACCACAAUUGAUGAUGAGAAGUCGUCUAUUGCUAGCGAUUCUACAGAUCAAUCAUUUUCUGUUAGGAAAAAAAUUGUCAAUUGGUUUGGGUCAUUUGGUAAAGGGAAAAUAAUUAAACAAAAGAAACGUAGUUCUUUUUAUGACAGUCAAAAUGAGGAUGGAAAUACUGGAAAAGAAGAUAACGAUACAGAUUCUCAUUCAUCAUUAGAUGAAAAACCCAAUGAAAAACUGGAACUUGACGAAACAUUGUCUAUUGACAACAUUGAAAUUGAAGAACUACCGACCAAAGCAAAAUCCCUAAGGACUGUUGAAGAACUUAUAUCAACCGAAAAAGUAUUUAUUGAUGUUUUAAAUCUAUUAUGCAAAACAUUUGUUAUGUUUGUUGAACAAACUGGUGGUGAUACUAAAUUGAUACCAUCUACUGAUCUAUCAAAAAUAAUCAGUCCUCUUCCCCAGUUAUUAAGUUUAAAUGAAGACUUGUUACAAGACAUGGAGAGUCGUUUGAAAAACUGGAAUGAACAUCCUAAAAUUGCUGAUGUUAUUGUAAAAAAAGGACCUUUUCUUAAACUCUACUCAACUUACAUACAAAAUUUUGAAAGUCAAUGUAAUUUGUUGGAUGAAUACUGUCAAAAAUACCCCCGAUUUCAAAAGUGUGUCAAAGACUUUGAGGCGUCCGAUGUGUGUAAAAAACUGACCAUCAAACAUUAUAUGUUGACUCCAAUUCAGCGAAUUACUAAGUAUAGACUCUUAUUGGAAAGCUAUUUGAAAAACCAAGACGAAGGGUCAAUUGAUUAUCAAGAUACAAUAGUAGCAUUAGGUAUUGUGUGUGAUGUUGCUAAUCACGCCAAUGAAAGUAUGAAACAUGGGGAUUGCGUUAGUAAACUUUUACAGUUACAAUCACUACUAGGAAGUUACAUAAUAAUUAAACCAGGCCGUGAACUUAUUAAAGAAGGUGAACUGUAUAAGUUGUCCAGAAAAGACAUGCAACUUCGAUAUUUUAUUUUGCUCAAUGAUUGCUUGUUAUACACAUCAUAUUAUGGUACAGUUGCAGGACUAAAAAUUAAUUAUGAGCUUCCACUUAGUGGUAUGAAAGUCUUUCUUCCCAUUACUGAUAAUUGUCUCAACGAAUUUAGUAUAAUAACAAUAACUCGAAGUUUCUCUCUUAGGGCCAAGUCUGCCACAGAGCUUAAGGAAUGGGUUAAUACUUUGGAAAAGGCAAUUAGAGAACACACUAAUAAACAAUUAUCCUUUCUAAAUAUGAAGUUUGUUUCAAAGAACAUUGGAUGUGAACCACUUCAGUUGGGUUAUGAGGCACCAAUAUGGAUUCAAGAUUGUCGUGUGACUAUGUGCCAAUCAUGUGCCACAGAAUUUACUGUCACAUUUCGGAGACAUCAUUGCAGAGCAUGCGGCAAAGUAGUUUGUAGUAGUUGUUCAGAAAACAAAGCGCCACUUCGGUACAUGAAGUUUCAGUCUGCAAGAGUGUGUGACGAUUGUUAUGAUUAUUUGCUCAAAGAGUUUGAAGACAAAAUAUUGGAAAUGCGUCAAUCAUCCAGUAAUACUGAUUUUGAAAUUCUUAAGAUGGUAGAUACAGUAAAAAAUUCCUUUAAAAAGUCAGGUGUUUGGAGCUCAAAAAAACUCGUUAAGUAUGUUCCACAACGUUUAAAAGAGGUAAUGGCCAAUGAUUCCGGCUCACAAAUGAGUGGAUGGUUAUAUCGAAGGGAAAAACGUAAAUCGUGGAAAAGAUUUUGGUUUGUUCUAAAAGAACAAGUUUUGUAUAUGUACAAAGCUUCUGAAGAUGUUGUUGCAUUGAAUACAAUACCUGUUCUUGGGUAUAAUGUUCAAACAUUUCCAGAAGGUACAAACUAUGAAGAAUUUGAUUCAAGUUGUGUUUUUCAAUUGGCUCACGCUGGACAAAACCCAUUAAUAUUUUGCUCCGAUACCGAACAGUUAGCUAAGAGAUGGAUCAAUAUUCUUAAUGAAGCGACUAAAUUAAAAUGAGAUCUCUUUCAGUAUUCACAUCUUUAUUCAUAACAGAGAUCACAAUUAGUUUUAUGUAUACAUACUGCAUAGUUAUAUUUUAGUUAUUAGACUAGUGGCGCAAUAUAUAUAUUUUUAUGGUGCUACUUUAAUUUUUAAAACUAUCUAAGUUUAUAACUAGAUAUAAUCGAUAUAUUUAAAUAUUUUUAAUUACAAAAUGUAUAAACAUACAUAAUAGUAUUAGUAAUCAGUGCCUUUAUUUUAUAUACAAUGUGAGCAUGCCGUGUGUUUUGUAUGAGUUUUACUUUUAUUUCAUUAAAUUAUUCAUUAA